AUGAUGGGUUCGCGUCGCCUCGUGCUCGCUGCACUGGCUGCUCUCAUGCUCUCAGCCUGUGCGCCCAUGGCGGAGGCCAUCCGCGGGCAGCCAUCGAAUGAGCCCUGCAAGUGGGGCCAGGGCAGGGACGCGAAAGGCAACUGCGCUGACACGUGUGUGCUGCGCAACUGCGGCAGCAACUCGAGAUGCGUCAAGGACAAAGCGGGCUCGGCUGACUGCGUGUGCGUCAAGAGCGGCUGUGCCCGUACUGCCGCCCCCAGCCAAGUGCCGCACGCCAGCGAAGUGGCGCAAGCCCACUCAUGCGCGCACAAGGUGUGCGACGCCAACGCCACGUGCGUGAAGAAGGGCAGCCUCGCCACGUGUGUGUGCAGCUCGGGAUUCGCCAUGACGCCCACCGGCUGCGUUGACACGUGUGUGCUAAAGGACUGUGUCAACGCCACGUGCAGCAAGGACGCCGCUGGCGGCGCGUCCUGUGCUUGCCGCCCUGACUUCGCCUUGCAGCCUGACGGCCACACGUGCAAAGACAUAUGUGUGAUCGCUGACUGCGAGGGCCAUGAUGCCAACUCUGCUUGCAUCAAGACCAACGGUGUGGCAUCCUGUGUGUGCAAGACUGGAUACGCCUUAAAUCCGCCGGGCGUUUGCACUGACACCUGCAAGAUUCAGAACUGUGGUGUGAACAGCCGGUGCAGCAAGGACGCUACUGGAGCUGCGUCCUGUGUGUGUGACACUGGCUUUGCGCUGCAGGCGGACGGCAGGACUUGCACUGACACCUGCGCGAUUCAGAGCUGUGGUGUGAACGGCCAGUGCAAGAAGGACGCUAAGGGAGCGGCGUCCUGUGUGUGUGACACUGGAUUUGCGCUGCAGGCGGAUGGCAGGACUUGCACUGAUGUGUGCAUCGUCAAGGACUGCCAAGGCUCUGACCCUUAUUCCACUUGUGUCAAGAAUGGGAGCGUUGCGACCUGCGAGUGCAAGGCUGGAUUCGCCACGGCACAGGGCAAAUGCACUGGUGUCUGUGAGAUCCAGAACUGUGGUGCCAACAGCCAGUGUGCUCCUGGUGAUAACGCGGCUACCUGUGUGUGUGACUCGGGAUUCGACUUGCUGUCGGAUGGCAGGACGUGCGUCAGCAGCCAACCUGUGAACCAGUGUGACCCGGGUUUCGUAUGGGAUGGCUACGGUUGCGUCAGCGCGUGUGACUGGGGUCUCGUAUGGGACGGCAACUCGUGCGUCAACCCUUGCAACUACGGUUACACGUGGGAUGGUGGCUCGUGCAUGCUCACGAUCCAGUGCUACUGGGGCACCGAGUGGGAUGGCACCUCGUGCGUCAACGUGAUCAACUGUGCUCCGGGUACCCGCUGGGAUGGCAACUCGUGCAUUGAUG